AUGGCAGCCUGCUGCUGCUCCAGGCAGCUGUGUUUACCAACAAAGGGAGGAAGAGGUGGAGGAGAAGGUCAUAGCAUAGUAUACGCUCCACCAUGGAAGUUUCUGUGCUUGACAGCCAGUUGGAGCCUGCAGUAUUUAGCAGCCCUUAUCUCAGUGACGGGGCUUAUUUUUAGCCUGGAUGGUUGCUGAUACAUUGCCGUUUAUGGGGAAUUUUCUGAUUGGUCCAGAGCUGUGAGCGAGAAGUGUUGACGUCUAUCCUCCCUCCAGCUUGGCAUCAUGGGAUCAUCCACACUGGGGAAGGCAGCAUCUCUAGAUGCCCUCUUGAAUGAAUGCAUUCUGCAAUUUGAUGACAAUGGGGAGCAGCAGGCCAGCCUGCUUCCUCGCACCCUGCUGCUGAUGCAUCGCUGGUAUGUGACAUCCUCUGAACUAGCAGGAAAACUACUGAUUAUAUACCGUGACUGCAAAGGUGACAACUGCCAGACAACCAGGCUGAAGAUAUGUUAUUUAAUGAGGUACUGGAUAGUGACAUUCCCUGCCGAGUUUAACCUGGACUUGGGUCUGAUCAGGAUAACAGAAGAGUUCAGACAUGUUGCAGCCCAGCUCGGCUGUGAGGAGCAUUUCAAACUCAUCGACAUCUCCACAAUUCCGUCAUAUGACUGGAUGCGCAAGUUGACCCAGCGGAAGAAGCAGGCCAAGAAAGGCAAAGCAUCACUGCUGUUUGACCACCUGGAGCCAAUGGAGCUAGCUGAGCAUCUCACCUUCCUGGAGUUCAAGUCUAUACGGAGGAUAUCAUUUACUGAUUACCGGAGCUAUGUGAUCCAUGGCUGCCUGGUGGACAACCCAACUCUAGAGCGCUCCAUUGCACUGUUCAAUGGGGUCUCGCAGUGGGUACAGCUGAUGGUGCUUAGCAAGCUAACACCUCAGACCCGAGCAGAGGUCAUCACAAAAUACAUCCAUGUGGCUCAGAAACUGCGGCACCUACAGAACUUCAACACACUGAUGGCAGUGGUGGGUGGACUGAGCCAUAGUUCCAUUUCUCGACUAAAGGAGACUCACUCAUAUCUUACUGCAGAAGUUGUAAAGAUCUGGAGUGAGAUGACAGAGCUGGUCUCUUCCAACAACAACUACUCGUGCUACCGGAAGGCUUUCAAUGAGUGCCAGGGAUUUAAGAUCCCCAUACUGGGUGUGCACCUCAAGGACCUGAUCGCAGUGCAUGUGGUUUUUCCUGACUGGGCUGGUGACAACAAUGAAGUGAACCUUGUGAAAAUGCAUCAGCUUUACAUGACCUUCAAUGACUUGGUGUCACUGCAGAGUGCAGUGACCCAACUGGAACCAAACAUGGAUCUCAUCUACCUACUAACGCUUUCUCUAGACCUUUAUUACACAGAAGAUGAGAUUUAUGAGCUGUCCUUGCUAAGGGAACCACGUAACCCCAAAUCCUUGCCUACCUCUCCUACUACUCCUAACAAGCCCCUGGCACCUCUCGACUGGGCCUCUGGUGUCUCCCCCAAACCAGACCCCUCUGUGGUCAAUAAACACAUUAGGAAGGUGGUACAUUCUGUGUUCAGGAAUUAUGACCAUGACCACGAUGGCUAUAUUUCUCAGGAAGACUUUGAGAGCAUUGCUGCUAACUUCCCGUUCCUAGACUCCUUCUGCGUUUUGGAUAAAGAUCAAGAUGGGUUGAUCAGUAAGGAUGAAAUGAUAGCGUAUUUCCUUCGAGCUAACCCAUUGCUCCAGUGUAAGAUGGGGCCAGGAUUCAUCCACAACUUCCAGGAGAUGACAUACCUGAAGCCCACCUUCUGUGAACAUUGUGCAGGAUUUCUCUGGGGGAUCAUCAAACAGGGCUACAAGUGCAAAGACUGCGGUGUAAACUGUCACAAACAAUGUCGGGAGCUGCUGGUUCUGGCAUGCAGGAAACUGAUUCGUUCCGGCUCUCUAGGCAGUGUUUCUCCAUCCAGACUGACCCACAGCUCACUGCCCAGCAGCCCCGCACUGCCCAUCUGUAAAGAUGAGGACAAGGUGUUUAAGUAUCCAGUGGUCACAUCGGUAGAUCCAGCUCUGGAAACUCAGUCCAUCACCCUUAUGACCGGCUCAGCCCAGAGGAUAUCUGUGCGCCUGCAGAGGGCAACCACCAGCCAGGCCACCCAGACUGAGCCCCUGUGGGGCUGGGGGGACACAGACAGCGGUUCCCACACCUUCCCCAAAAUGAAAUACAGGACUCACAGGAAAUCAUCUAAAAAUAAAGGUUUUGCUCGCUGGGAAAACCAGAAUGACCGGCAUCACCUGCCUGUUUCCUCCCGAUGCAGUGUGGACUUGCAGGAGAAGCCAGCCAUUACUGGAGAACGCCUGCAGAAUGGGGUUACACACAGAGGGAAGAACAGCUGACUUGACCAUGGUGGCAAGGGCCACUGCUGGGGGUCCAGAAGACCCCUGGCAGCUAGGUCAUGGAGGCUCUUCUCACUGGAAGAGGUGCUGGGCUGCCUGAGGCCCCCCGUCAGUGAGGCGGAGUUAUCAUGUUGUCUCUAGAUUUGAUGACGGACAGAGAUACACGCACCUGUUAUCCGGGGAGAGGAGCUCAGUGCAUAACUGACCAACGUCUGCUUCCAUUCACAUGAGAUGAUUCCUCUGCCCUGGGAUUGCUGAAGAAAAACUUAAGUUCUGUUGAGUUGAAUGUCGUCACUUCAUUGGGCAAAAGUGCAGAAUGGGCCAGUUGCUUUAAACCUUGAAACCCAGCUUGGGUACAACAUGAGUGAGUAAAGGCCAGGCGCAGAAAAGCUCUCCUGCUGGAUGAAUCUUAUGGACACAUGAUCAGAUGUAGUAUGCUGUCUGUGGGAGGGUGGAAAGAUAUUUGUACUGUGCAUAUAAAGGGAAAGUCAGAGUUACUGUCAAGGGAAUCCGACCCCACAGACAUGUAGAACACUGAAGAUGGACAACUCCAACACCUUUGGAUUAUUUUUUAACAAUUUGUCUUAAUAUGCAUCUGUGUUUUUGAAAAAACAAAACAAAAAAACAACAGAAAAUAACAACAACUACUUAUUCCUACAGCGUCUGCAUCUGAUCACUACAUUGCGUUUCACUCUACGUUUAUCUUGAAUCACCCAUUGAUGAGCUUCACAAACAUGUUAUCUUAGGAAAAGUAGCAGUGCCAAUUAUAUUAGCUACAGCUAGCAUUAGCUGUUAUACAGCUGCAUAGAGUAGGGAAUAAAAGAUGUUCUGUAGUGUUCACUGUGGGAGCGGAGCAGAAUCAGUCAGUGUUGGGUGUAGUGGAUAGACUUCUUCAGCUCUUCUGCCACUCAGUAUCCUUGGUAGGGAUGUGGAGGUGGUGGAAGAGUAGUAAUACAUGGGAGU